AUGAGCAGUCAGCGCAGUGUAGGGCAAGGCGCCUGCACUGGCAGCAUCGCCUUCCCAUCAAAGCCGCCGCGUCUGCCUCGCCGGACGGACAACACUGCCCCGAUGACACCUCGGCAACGACCAACACUUUCACCUGAGAAAAAGUUGUCCCUCAUCGACAAGGUUUCUCUCGCUGCAUCACCCUCAUUGCCGUUUCCUGCGCCACCGAGUCGACCGCCACGCCGCAGCCGCUCCCCCGUUUAUUGGGGAGCUACAAAAGAGGCCCCCUUCUACGGUGGUCCGCUAGGCGAGGUCAUUGGCAGAGUGCCUACUGGAACUGUCCUCCUUGAAGCAUCUCGAUACCGUGACGUGUUCGGCGGCUGGUGGAUCAGCACUCGGUGCGACGAUGGAACACUAGGGUGGAUCGCCUACUCAGACUCGACCGAAGCGCCAGCAGCUGAUGAUGCCGGCGCUGUGCCAUUGUGGCACCGCGUGUACGACACCCGAGCGACCCCCGCUGCGGCUGCUGUUAGCGCUGAUGCGCUGCCUAGCACGGAGAUGAGGAUGUGCGACGUGCUGCCGUCCGUUACUUGCGAGGAUGUCUCCCGCACCGCUGCGGCUCAUUUUCUGUUCUCUGAUGUGGAACUUUAUGCCUACUACUGGGACGUGGUGCAUCCCCAGGAACGGACAACACUGGAUUGGAACUUUGAGUAUCAACGACUCGUUGAGCUAUGCUGGCACGCCACCGAUGUCUCGCACCCCGUGACAUCCUCCUCCUCCACUCUCUCUUCAGCGCCAGCCGUGACAGGACCGCACGCCCAGCUGGGCACAAUCAUUGCGGCAUUUCGGUCUGAGGUGGAGCGUACCAUUGUGCAGAUAUGGAAAGAAGCAGUUGUGCCUCCGGGGAGCCGCCAGAUCGUGGCACAUCCGUGUUUUCCAGAUCAAGUGUACUUCCACCGAGGUAUUCUGCUACGACGCUGUGUGGACACGGCGGAUGGUGUCCUUGGUGGGGAUGACAUGGCGAUGAGGUGUGGGCGUGCCAUCUAUCGUCACCAGGAGAUGCUCGCUCUUGUGGCACCACGGCACGUUCUUCAUGUGCCGCUUCACGCCUACUGCACAUUCGGUGGCUUUUCCUUCUUGUGCUCUACGAUCCCUCCCUAUGGUACGGCAAACCUGGUGGUGGCUGACAGCAAUACUCUUGCUGCCACAGGUAGUACUGACACCCUUUCUGCCUUCCCUCCAACCUCGCUAUCGACGCGACCGGCUCUCGUCUCAGAGCUCCUCAGCAACCUUGGUAAUGCCCUCCACUUCGAGGGAGGGAACGUGCCAUGCGAGUGGCGUGUCUACGCCGGACGCGACCGGCGGCUCUACUUGUCGCAGACUCAUCGUCUUCUGCCACCCGUGCUACCAUUGCACUGCAGGAACCUUUCUAACACUGUGUCGUCAUCGCCAUCAAAAGCGUCGGACGAGGUGGUCGGUGCCUCAUGCGCCUCAUCGUUGUACGCCAGCCUGCUGUGCUACUGCGUCCGUCCUGAGCUCUUCUUCAGGUGGCAGAAUCUAUGGGCCCCGAACGAGUGUGUGUGCACGCCGUGCGAGUUGACGAAGAGAGCCAGUUCUGGACAAGCCUGUAGAUCAAAGGUAGUUGCAUCCCAGUCGUUUGCGGCCGGCACGUGGAUCAGCUCAGAGGGCAUCACACGUGUGGCAGGCACGCUUGGGUUCCAAUUCCCUGUGGCCGCACCUUUGCUCCCGGUCGAGUGCUGCAACUUGUGUGACGGUGGCAUUGACGCCAACGAACUUCGCUUUGUGGUGUGCACACAUCCCUUGCAGUGCUGCCGUGUGUGCAUGCAUUGCUACACGCGACUGGUACUGGAGCACACAGGUGAAGGGGGUGCUCCUGUUGACCCACUCGAGCAGGUGUGCCCGACUGCGGUGCGAUGUGGUGCUGGUUGCCGAAAAGCGGGCAGCUUCCUCAUGGCUCCGACGCUGAGUGAGCUGAUGCAUGCAAACGGUCUCAAUAUGCGUUACCUGGCGUACGUUCUUCACCGUAUACCGCAGACGACGCGUGCUGCGGUGGAGCACUGGUGUCACGUGGAGCUGGUGGCGCGAACGGCGAAGCACCUCCUGCAGCAGGAUCUCCGCGCUGCCACCACCCCGGUUGAGACACGGACGGCUUGUGAGGCGCUUUUGGCUUCACUUGUGGGGCCGAGCGGUGGCGCCUCAGAGCGGUUCUGGCGCACUCGUCUGGGACCGGCGCUUCAGUCGCGUUUCGUCGGCACCUGCGAGCCCUUUCGACUUUCCGUCCACGCGCUGCGACUUGUCGCUGAGCGUGUGGCCGCGUUGGUAGGGGUAACCUUGUCCGAGUCGUGCUUAUCUUCCUUGUCAUUGCUUGGGGCGACGACGAAGCGAGCAACAGCAGGACGCCGAAGUGAUAGAGAGACUGGCGGGAAUAGUCGUGAGGCGGAGUCUCUACUGACCGCUGCAGCUACAGAUGCUACGGGGGCCUUCAUUGAAAUCAAGCGCAUUGCGCCACAAACACGCACGUUUGCCGCACCGCACAGGAGGCCAUUCUCCCCAUCGCCGACCACGUCAGAGGAUGCAGGGGCAAACGCGAAUCAGGAAAUGGUUGUUCCCAUAAAGCACCGCGUGGAGCGCCUUCUACUGUUCUGGGUGGGGUACACCCCGGACGGCGUAAAUGAGGCGCAGCAACCGUUUUACCUGGAAGAGUCCCUGCUACAGACGACCCUCUUCGCGACUGAGACGAGGUAG